AAACAAAUUGUCAUAGCUUAAUACAUUAAGCGAUCAGACACAAGGCUAAAUAUACAUCGACUAAGUUUUAAUAUUUGAGAUACUUCAAUCUAUAUUAAAGAUACUUCAUUCUAUCGCAGCCCUCAAGAUGACAGUGAAGGUACGCCAUCAGAAAGUCUUGAUAACGUAAAGAUUAUUUAUGAGUUUCCGGAUGAAGAUUGUGAAGCGCAGCCAUGUUUAGACUUGCCAGGAAGCAGUGACAGCAUUGAACAUUCAAGCCACAAGGAGACUGAGCCGAAGGCCACAGAAUCAAGAAACUUUUCAAACCAAGCUGAAUGUGACAACGUUUUUGAAAAGGAAGCUAACUUUAUUUCGCCUGACUCAAGCUCAAACGGCUCUGAGUUCGAUGAACCAGAUAGUCAAAUGAGUUUAGAAAUAAUUGUUCAUAAUCACGCAAUGGGUUACGUAUCACCUGAUGGAUCUGUUUGCUGCUGUUCAAGCGGUAAUCUAGCGGAUGUUGAGGACAAUAUAGAAUGCUCCAGAAGUGUUUCAGAACAUCCAAACCUCCUCGCCGAGAACGAAAGAAAUCCAGUAAUAAACAAUACCUCUAGUACUUGCAAUAUAUCAGAAUCGAGUGAGCCAGAAUUAAUGGGGUUAGCUGCUAAGAAAGAACAAGAAACUCAAAAGCAUUCCAAUUCAUCGAAAGAAACAUAUACACCAGUUGUCUUAUCAGACAAUAUUCAAACGCCGGAUCCUUCACCAAUGCCAUCAACAAGUAAGCAAGAAUGGAACAGGCUUGACAAUUCUGUGGACACCAACAACAGAAGAAAAAUAAGAUCUGAUGUUGCGAGAAACAAAAAACGACAAUGUCGCGUUUGUAAGAAGAAGCUAGAUUUGACAGCAAUAACCUGUCGCUGUGGUGGACUGUUUUGUGCCAAACACAGAUAUGACAGAGAACAUGGUUGUACAUUUGACUAUAAGUCUAUGGGAGCAGAGAAAAUACGCAAGGAAAACCCUAAAGUAACUGCUGAAAAAGUUACUAAGUUAUAAACACGAAGAAGAAUAAAAUUAAAUUUAGUUAGUUUACUUGGCAAUGCAAAAUACUUUUUA